AUGUCUCGCUUCUUUUCAUCAGAGCCUCGAUGUACCGGGGCGUCGAACAACGUGCCUAUCCAAACCUGCAUCGACAACCUCCAUCGCCGUCACCAACGUCCCCGGCGGCCAACGCCAAAGUCGUCGCCCGAGCUCGCCCCCUCACCCUCAUGGUCCACCGUCCUCCCCGCCGCGCGUGCUCGAAGUCGACCGCCGGAUCAGGAGCGGCGAGUGCGUGCCGUCCAUCAAGUCAAGGCUCUGAGCCCGGGACUGUUUGGCAAAGUCGUAGGUCUUGUCGGGAUGGGUGAUAUCUCGUACGAAGUGGGAAAGCUCGUGACGGCAUUCGGCUGUCAAGUCGUCGUCUUCUCCCCCACGUCCCCUCCUACCCGCUGGACCUCCUCCAACGCGCGCUACCAAACGCCCCUCCCCCACACCCGCGCUUCCUCCCUCGAAGACCUCCGCCAAGUCGACGUCGUCUUCCUCCACUGCCCCCUCAUCGACAGCACGCGCAACCUGAUGGGGAGAGAGCCUGGGGUGGAUGAAGGACACCGCAGUGGUGGUCAACAGGCGCGGGGUGGAUUGUGGAUGGGCGGGCGUUGGAAAAGGCGCUCAAGGGCGCGAAGCUGGGGAAGGCGAGCGGGGCUGGAUGUGUUUGUGCUCGAGCCGGCGUACGGAGAGUCUUUGGGCGGGCUGAGAGAGCUGGACAAUAAUGAUGUCGUUCUGUUGCCUCAUCUGUAA